UGUCGGAAAGUUGUCCAAAAGCCUCACCAGGUCCGAACACAACCGCGAUCUAACUUUAAAAAAAAAAAAACACACACACACACACAUACACACACACACACAUACACACACAGGCUGUCCGCGGAUUUGUCAAGCCCAGAGAAACACGGGAUCUUUUCUGUGCCUUUCUCUUGCCAGGACAGAGAGGUGUAACCUGUUGCUCCAUUUUUAAAGCUCUCUUCAGCUCCACUGUAAAUAGCCAAACAACACAAUGUCAACACAUUUCAGGAGCGGCCCAGCCUUCGGACUUUCCGCCGAGGUCAAGAGUAAGCUGGCUGGGAAGUACGACCCCCAGAAGGAGGAAGAGCUGAGGCUGUGGAUCCAGGAUGUGACCGGCAAGAGGAUCGGGGACAACUUCAUGGAGAGUCUCAAGGAUGGAGUCCUGCUGUGCGAGCUCAUUAACAUUCUUCAGCCAGGUUCGGUGAAAAAGAUCAACAACUCCAGUCAAAACUGGCACCAGCUGGAAAACAUAGGAAAUUUCGUCCGUGCAAUCACAGAGUACGGUCUCAAGCCACAUGACAUCUUUGAGGCCAACGAUCUGUUUGAGAACGUCAACCACACUCAGGUCCAGAGCACACUCAUCGCUCUGGCUGGAAUGGCCAAGUCCAAAGGUUUCCACUCCAAGUACGACAUCGGGGUGAAGUAUGCUGAGAAACAGCAGCGCCGUUUCGCCCCUGAGAAGCUCAAGGAGGGGCGCAACAUAAUCGGCCUGCAGAUGGGCACCAACAAGCUUGCCAGCCAAAAGGGCAUGACAUCAUAUGGCACACGACGUCACCUGUAUGACGCCAAGAUAGGCAUGGAUAACCCAAUGGACCAGUCCACCAUCAGCCUGCAGAUGGGCACCAACAAGGGAGCCAACCAGUCUGGCAUGACAGCCCCAGGAACUAGGAGGCACAUCUUUGACAAGAAGCUGGACCUGGAGAACUGUGACACCACCACUGUGUCUCUGCAGAUGGGCACCAACAAAGUGGCCUCCCAGCAGGGCAUGACCACCUACGGCCUGCCGCGCCAGGUUUACGACAACAAGUACUGCACCAACCCCACUGAGGCCUACUAUAACAACGGGGAAGGGGCGGAGUUUGACGGCUACCACCACUACUCUGACUAAGAAAGACACGGACAGACUCAGCCGCUCCUUCCCCUUUGCUUAAAUUCAGACAAUCACCACAUCUGUCUUUGUAUCGAGCAAGACCACCCAGACCGAUGUCAUCGUCGAUUUUGUUCCCCCGUUUCUCUCUCUAACCAUUUUUGCCCAUUUUACUUGGAGGGAUUUACUGUUUGUCUUUCCAUUAGUAAAAGAAAAGAGUGUGUUUACUGUGACCUUAAGUCAAAAUUUUCAUUUUGUAGCCAACUUCAUUCCCCCAACCACGCUGACUUUUCAAGAGAUUUUUUUUAUAAACUUUCCUCUGAAUUUUAUCAGUUGCUAUCAAGCAUAACCUAAGAUGGAAAGAAAACCAAUGCUCCAUAAUUUAACAUCCUUUGCUAUUUAUAGAUUUUUUUUCUACCACUUUUUAUACUUAGUGUAAUUAGAGAUUUACAGCUCACUUCACCUCCCCAUUCUUGCAAUCCAGCAUGAACAGUGACAAAGCAGAAUUUGAAAGUUCCUUGAAUGGAAACAUGAGACCGAUUUGGUGCUGUUGACCUUUGACCCACUUGGAACCAGAGUGCACAUCCACAUUGGAGUACAGGGGGCUCUAGGAUUCCUCUCCUCUGGAUGACCCAGAAGCCCCAGGUCACCCGACUGACUGGGGCGUUCAGCAGGACUUGUAGCUUCGUGCGGACUUUGCCUUGUUUUGUUUGCCACUGCACCGGUAUGUUGUCAUGUUCACACGCCUGCCAAAUCGCCAUUUUACAGGGCUUUUUUAGAUGGCCUGUGUGCAGCAUUUCUUAGUCUUUUGUUUUGCUUUCUUACAAUAGGAUGGAUUAUUGUGUUAAAGACGGGGUUUGCUGUCAGACACAGUGCAAAGCUUUAAUAAAGUGAAAGGCCAAAUCUAGGUGGUGUGGCAUUCACUAGUGUGUGUUAAUGUCCCUCUCACCCUUUCAAUUACCAUGGUAACUAGUGAUAAUCAGUAUUUCUUAUAGCACCAUCAUCGUGUUUCUUUUUUGGAGUUAUGGUUCUCAUCCUAUGGGAGACUUAUUCUACUCGCCUGAGCGAACCUCAGCUUUAAUACGCUGUUGCUCCAUUUGCACUUUACCUAGCAUCACCUUGUCAACUGCAAAUGGCUUAGAAUCACAAUAGGAGAACCAGUGGCUCACUGAAAAUUGCUGAUGUGAAUCGUGGCAAAUAUGCAGAUGAAACUGUUGUUGUGUUAUUUGAUGUAUCAUAAUAUGAUACUGUUGACCCACCGAAUGCCUUGAAUGUAAUGUUAUUGUAAGACUGUGCUACUAGCUGUAAUAGGAUUCAUGUUCACAUUAUGGGACAAUAUCAAUUUUAUUUACCUGGUAAAACCAGAAACUGAGGCAGCAGUGACCUGUUAUUAUAAGCCUGCAUUCAGCAAAUAUUCUUAUUAAUUGGGUUUGAAAUAUUAAAUUGUGUAUAUCAUCAUAAUUUGCUGUUCACUAAGCCUUAUGUUUGCAAUGAGUGUUGAACCAGCCAACAGAUAGGAGCUCUUUUGAGCUGUCCAUGAUUAUUGAACAACAAAGGUAUCAUGUCCUCAAUGACUCUAUUUAUGACUUGUUGUAUUAGAGCACCAUCUAGUGUUUCAAGACCUUUACAGUUAGGGACAGCACUUGUACAUUCACUGUAUCUUCAGUCCAUCUAAUGUCCGAAACAUUACUUUGAUUCAAUCAAAGAGUGUAAAUUUUAUUAGUGUGUUCAUUCCAGUCUUUAAUGAUACUGCCUACCCCUAUGAUAUUCAGAAUGAAAACAAUGUUGGCAAAUGUAUAGUAACAUUUCACCUUACUGUGUUGGCUUUGUCUCAACAUUAACACUAUACAUCAUGUUAACCUCUGAAUAUCUUUUUUUUGUCCAAUAUGCCUUUCACUAAACAUGACAUUUGUGCAAUAAAAAACACUUAAAAAUA